AUGGCGAUGAGGAACAUUAAAGAAGAACGGUUCCCCAGGUCGAUAAGAUCUAAUCCUAGCCAGAGGGAUCCUAAUCUCUGGUGUGAGUAUCAUGGGACUAAUAUCCACCGGACUGAUUGCCGGCAUAUGUACGAGGAGGUUGCCACAUUGCUGAAAAAUGGCCAUCUCAUAGAGUUCUUAAGCAACCGGGCUAAAAAUAAUUACGCCCGCCACAAGGAUAACGCGGAACCCUUGAAGACAGGAGAAAAUCCUCCUCGUCUAAUGAUCAACAUGAUUUUUGGGGGGAAUGAAAUUAAUGGUGUAACCUUUUUCGUAGCAAAAAAGACAAAGGUAUCAGUGACUCAUAGCAAAAGACUCCAGGAAGUCGCCGAGGACGAUAUCACCUUCACGGAGGAAGACAUUGAUGGGCUCCUAUUACCGCACAACGAUGCCCUGGUAAUUUCUCUUAAUGUCUUAGAUUUUAAAUUAAAAUGUGUUUUGGUAGACCCGGGAAGUUCAACCAACAUUAUUCAAUGGAGAGUGCUGGAGCAAGCCAAGCUAACCGGAAGCAUCAAUCCAUCCACAAAGCUCCUCGCCAGGUUCAACUUAGCAAGUGUGACGACCCGAGGGGAGAUAUCGCUGACCAUAAAUGCCGAAUGGGUCAUGAAGACAACCCUGUUUGAAGUAGUAGACGAUGACAUGGGCUACAACAUUAUUCUUGGAAGACCAUGGCUACACGAGAUGAAGGUUGUGCCAUCAAGAUACCAUCAACUUCUGAAAUUCCCAACUCCAUAA